AUGGCUAUAUUUAUUUUGAAAGACAUUCGUGACUCGAUAAUGCUCACAUCUUGUGUGGCAUUCUAUUGCACCACUCUUUGUUUCUGCACUGCUAUUCUUGAAAUCGGGGGUAAAAUAGGUCGUUUCGAUCUCCAACAUCAUAAGAAACUGAUAAUUGCAUCUACCGUAUUCCAUAUAGCUAUUACUGUAGCUACAGUAAAGACAACAAUGAUAUGGCUAAAUGUCAAAGAAAGAAAUGCAUUGCUUCAAAUCUACCUCUUCUGCAUCUCCACGUUCACCAUCUUCAACUUCUGGGCCGUCACACUUCGUGACAGUCGUCUCUGGGAAUCCGACUACAAUAAUUUCCUAAAAUUCAGAGCUCGUGUCGGGUUUUCUCAUUUCUUACUGUCCAUCGCAAUUCUUCGCAUUUCGAAAAGUUUGACGGCAACCGAUGACACCUUCAAGCAACACUUUGGGUUUAUGUUCUUUUUGUAUUUGCCUUGUUCGAUGGCUACCAUCGAUUUUUUGGUAGUUUGGAGGAAUGGAAUACAGCGGACUGAUGUCAAGUUUAAAGAUUGGUUCAUUUUGGAAAAUGAAUCGGAAUUCGAGAGAAUUGGAGGCGGCUCUGAGAACCGUCAACCGUCCGACUGCGGAAUCUGCCUCCUCGAGUACAGUGACGGGAAACCCCGUAUUCCUCGAAUCCUGUCAUGUGGUCAUACUGUAUGUGAGAAGUGUAUUGAGGAAAUGCCAAAAAAUGAUCGAUCCGUCCAAUGCCCAUUUUGUAGACAAACUACUCGCGUCUAUUAUGCCAAAAGUUUACCAAAAAAUUAUUUGGCGCUGGAAUUUGUGGAUGAGUUGAACAAGCCCAAGUAUUGGUUGUGA